UAACUGUGUGCGUAGUCAUGUUGGUUAGCACUCAUGUCACCUUGACGAGUGCUCAGACGCAGUACACAAGGCAAUACUUCCUUCCAAAACUGCUUAUAGUAUAAUUUGUUUGUGGCUACUGAUAACUUACUGUCCACCUGUGGCAACCUCAUCUCCGAUCUCUCCUGCGCUAUUCCUCCCAGACACCUCACCAGGCUCACCUCACCUUACCAGUCUCGCGCUGGCAGCAGAGAACGGUCAUUGGGUUUACAUUUAAUCCUCUGAUAUAAGCUGCAUAAGAAGCCAAGAUGUCGUCUGCAAAUGACCGAGCCAUCCUCAACUCCAUCUUCAACCCAUUACUGCCUGUUGGUGAAUGUGUCUACGAUGAAAACAUCCCUGAUGAUUUGCAAGACAAAGAGGAGACAACACCAGAGACUGAAGAAGCAAAACAACUGGAACUUCAGGGAGUAAAGUCAGCUGAGGCUGGAGAUGUGGCAGCAGCCCUGGCAUCCUUCAAUAAGGCUAUAGAAGUGGCUCCAAAUAGAGCCUCUAGCUAUAACAACAGAGCUCAAACUCUUCGGUUGAUGGGGAAGGUGGAGGAGGCCAUGGCAGAUCUAGAAACAGCAGUGCGCAUGUCACAAGGACAGGGACGUGCAGCAUGUCAAGCAUUCACACAGCGGGCAAUGGUUCAUCGUCUCCAAGGACACGAUGACUUAGCACGUGCUGACUUCCAGGAAGCUGCUAAUUUAGGUUCAGAAUUUGCCAAAGCACAGCUGGUGCAGAUGAAUCCUUAUGCAGCCUUGUGCAACAAAAUGUUGCAUGAUGUCUUCAGCAAGCUCCAACGAGGGGAGUGUGGUGGGGUGUAAAACCAUUCAACACUUGGAGAUCUACUCUUUGAUUUGAUAAUGAAGAAAUAGACAAUGAUAUACAUAUAUAUAUAUAUAUAUAUAUAUAUAUAUAUAUAUAUAUAUAUAUAUAUAUAUAUAUAUAUAAACAUUAUUCCUUCCAAAUGACCUUGAACAUGUGAAAAUAUUAAUGUACGUACUUUAGUAUCACACUUUGAUGGAAGAGGACAUGAAAUAAAUUUUUGAAAUAAAA